UUUCAACUGUCAACUUUCUUGAUUGAAACACUUUCCUUUCAUUUGCCAUAGGACCAUAAGAAAAAAACGGCAAGGAAGCAGCAUAAAUUGCUAUGUAGACACUGUAGAACUCUACUAAUACUUAAUUAUAACCACCAAUGCAACAACAAUAAUGCAAAACCCUUUAGAUAUGUGCAAUGAAAUGUCGCCGAUGACUUGACUGGUUUUGCAGCACGAUAAAACGAAAAGAACGAGGAACCUAUUUAAUUACCAUACAUAAAAACAUUUUGAUGCAUUUUCCAAAGCAAAAAAUUAUAUAUUAAAUAUAUUAUUGAGACAAAUAUUGAAUUAUAUGCCGACAUAUUAAACCAAUUGAGAGUUGACGACAUAAAAAGUAUUCGCAAGCGUAUAUUACAUGUUAACCUGCUAAUAAAUCAAUGGGAAAUUUUUAAAGAAAUCGAAUAUUAAUGAAUCUGUUAUAUACCAACAUGAGACACAUAUGAAAUCCUAAAAACUACAUAAAAUAAAAGACAAUAUGCGCAAAGUAUAACAAACAACCAAACGUUUAAUACUAAUAUAUACGCGAUCUAAUUAUAAUGGAUAAAUCGGUUAACGAACUAUAUGUAUUCGAAAAUUACUAUGAGCAAAUGUUACAAACGAAACACAAAAGUACACAAGAACAGAAGCUACUCACACACAAAGUAAAUGUUUAUUACCACAAAUAUUAUUAUUAUUAUUAUGAUGUAUUAGCAGUUAAUGUUUACAAACAAAACAAGCCGGCAUCCGGGCUUUGAAAGACGUGAAAAGAUUGGAAGUACCAAGCACGACAAGCAAUGUUAAUCUAGGCUGAACCAACUUGACAACAAUAACGAACCAAGCAUAUUCGGAAAUCUAGCGAUCCCAUGCGAUCCACAUAAAUUUACACGGUUUAGUCGGUACACGAAGGUCGAGGCAUGAACAGAAAGAGGCGAUGAUUUUGAGUAAUAUUUAGAUAAUAUACGAAAAUAAAUAUUUAUAAAUGUUGCAAGCGUCAACAACGAAGUCAUAUUAUACAUUCAAAAUAUAAACAAUAGCUUCAAUUGUUUAAGACUAUGAUUUAGCGUCAAAUGUUUGAUAAAUGUUUUUUGUUACGCACAUGUUUAAGCAUUAUUUAGAGCAAUAGACAAUUUUACAUAUGUUAUAUUUGAAAUAGUAGUUACAUGUUCGACUUGACAUCAUUUUAAUUGGGUUGUAAACUUUUCUCUUUUAUCAACUAAUUGCAUUAGAAAAUUUUAAACACUGUUAUAUGCAGAGGAAAAUACUAGGAGAAUACUGGCAACUUGUUAAUUUACCAACUCUCUUCGAUUUUAGUAGAAUCUACAUUUGGGAAUGCUACAAAUAUUUUAAUCUAAACAAAUUUACAACUAUACAAGGAUAUCGAAUAACUAUUGUUUUUGGUUAGGGCCAACGCCUGGUUACUCAUUCUAUAUCAUCCUACCAUCUAUAUACAAAUAUAUAUAAAAUAUGUAUGUAAUUAUAAGCGAAUCUUUGGCUACAAGUACUUUUUCGUAAUCGUAAACAUCAUCAUUUUAAUCAAACUGGCACAUAUUCACGGAAUGUUUUAUAAACAUAUAUUUAUAACGACAAAUGUCGAAAAGAAAGUACAUAAAUACAGGCAUCGCUCGAGGAAUUCGACGAACAUACAUAUAUCAUGGCACUAGAUCCACAACUCACUCACCCCAUAAAAAUAUCGUACAUCAAGUGAACAGAAAGUGCUGAAAACAUAAAUUGAAAUUCAAACGAAAUACUCAAGCAUAAAGCAUAUAACUUACACGACUUCUAAUCUGUUGCAAAAUAUACCAAAUAAAUACUCGUAUUAUUGUGAAAGUAUAGCAAGAAAUAUGUACUUAUAUGUUGUCUGUAAUUGAUUCACCCUACCCCUAAAAUCCCCCAUAUCCCAAAAAAAAGCGAAAAGAGCCGGGGGUACACCCACUCAAUUGAUACUCACAAAUUUACUGCAAAUCUAUAUAUAUACUACGAAUUAUUCCAAUGAACAGCGGCAACUGCAAUGGCUAAGAAAAGCAAAAUCCAAAACCAAAGUAACAAUAAAUGAGUUGAUGAUUGAUACAAAAGCAAAGACCCAAAAUUGUUUUCCACUUCCACGCACAAUUUCGCGUGCGUCUACCUGCGGAAUUGAGUUGGCAUUGACAGUAGCGAAUCCUUCGGGCGGAAAAACGUCUGCUGCAUUUUCAGGCUAAUGACACCAGGAAAAACACUCUCGCUGGCGAUCCGCUUUUCCAGUGCAACGAGGCCUGCAGCCUAAUCUGCUCGCCUACCUGCCAAGCCGAAAUAUCGUCCCAUAAAAAGGCGGCACUUCCCAGGGCCCAGACUAGUCAUCAUUCGCAUUACAUCCGACACAGACCGAAAGACAAGCACGCGAUCUUCAAGAUGCCACAACCAGGCUGGGAUUAUAUCAUCAUCACUGUCACGGCUCUGAUCUGUUUCCCAGUUCUUGCCAAGACAGCCAGUUAUCAGCUUCAAAACUACGACCUGGAUAUGGAUAAUGGGGGUGAACCCAACUCCACCGAAUUGGAGUUCGGUGGAGGAAUAACUUCCCUGGAAAGACCACUUUCUUGGUUACGAAAUGCUAACAGCAUGUUCGGCAGUCCCGCUGGCCAUGUGGUCAUCCAGGUGGCCAAGGAGCUGCUGCAUCGUUCUGCCGGAAACAGUCAAGUCCUUAGUUUGAAUCUCACCAAUCUGCUGGUCAUCAUACUGCUAAAGGUCCUUAUCUUCUCAGCUGGAAUGCUGGGAGCAGGACACUGGAGUGGCUAUGGCUAUGGCCAUGGUCGCUCCGCUGGCCGCAGCGACAGCAACUUUGGCCUGGGCUUGACUUCUGGUGAUGACUAUCUGAUUACUGGGUUUCUGGCCGCCCAGGGAGCCGGCAGGGAUGAGUGCCUCUAUGCAGCUUCCUGUGCCUGUCCCACAGCAGCCUAUGAGUAUGCAAAGGCAGGACGUGCUCUUUUGGGGGCCAUCGAAGUUUUCAAGGGUGUGCCGCUGGAGAAACCGCGCUACAACGAUCUCAUCGUUCUGAUGGAGCGUGCCGCCUACGAUGGCUUUCGAGGAGUGGCCUGCAACACCACCCAGACUUGUGACGGAUUGCUUUAAAGUUUCCGAUUGAAAAACACUUAUUUAUGAA